AUGACGACGCCGCUCUCGACUGCCGCCCCUUCGGACCACGACAAGCGCCUGAACGAUGAGCUACUGCAGACGCUACAGUUGUGUGGUCUGUACGAGUCAAAAGAGCGUCUCUUGCGACGGGAGCGCGUGCUUGAGCGACUGCAGCAAGUGCUGCAUGAGUACUACGCACUGCACGAGAGGGAGACAGAGACAAAGCAGUUGCAGCUGCGCACCUUUGGCUCUUACCGUCUCGGCGUGCAGAGUCGCGAGGCCGAUAUCGAUACACUGUGCGUUGCUCCACGACACUGCACACGCGCGAGUUUCUUCGACAAAGUGCCGAUUUUGCUGGACGCAGCACCGGAUGUAACGGGUCUGCACGUGAUCGGCGACGCGUUCGUGCCCGUGAUCAAGAUGAAGGUGUACGGCAUUCCAGUGGACCUGCUGUUUGUGUCGCUUCAGCUGGACGCGGUGCCCGUUGACAUCGACAUGCUGGACGAUCAGUACCUGAAAGGACUGGACGAGGCUUCGGUUCGGAGCUGCAAUGGAGUGCGCGUGACCGAACGCAUCUUGCAGCUCGUGCCGAACCCAGAGACGUUCCGGACGACGUUGAUUGCUGUCAAGCAUUGGGCCCGGAUGCGCGGGAUCUACUCGAACGUACUGGGGUUUCUUGGUGGCGUCAAUUGGGCCAUCCUUGUCGCACGGAUCUGCCAGUUCUAUCCGAACGCGCUGCCGGCGUCCAUACUCUCGCGCUUCUUCCGGAUCUAUCAGAUGUGGACAUGGCCGAACCCGAUCAUGCUCGCCAGAGUGGACGAUGCGCUGAAUCUCGGCUUUUCGGGAUGGAACCCGAAGCUCAAUGCUCGUGACCGAUUGCACUUGAUGCCGAUCAUCACGCCCGCUUACCCGGCGUCAAACUCAUCGUACAACGUGAUGGCGUCGACUCUUCGCAUUCUCAAGGCAGAGUUUGGGAACGGGUUGGAUCGGACGCUCGAAGUUGAGUCCAAGAAGUCGACGUGGUCAAAGCUGUUUGCAGCUCCGGCGUUCUUUCAAAGGUCGAAACACUUUCUUCGAGUCCAGAUCAUGGCAAACAGUGCGGAAGACUUUGAGAGAUGGUUUGGCUGGGUCGAAUCUCGACUGCGGCAUUUGUUCCUUCGACUGGAAACACUGCCGGACGUGCAGAUCCACCCGUUCGGUCGCUUUUUCGACUUUGUCGAGGCAAAGGGCGUCCUGCUUGAUAGCGCGACGCACCCACAGUGUGUGCACACGUCUUGGCUGUUUAUUGGGCUAUGCUUUACUGUGCCGGAAGAGGUGCCGACGACGGGCGCGACGCAUAGUGUAGACCUGACGAGCGUGAUCCGUGACUUUGCUUUCUAUACUGAUCAGUGGGAAGCUCGUGACAGCGGAAUGGACAUGCAGAUCGACCACGUGACGCGUUCCGAGAUCCCCGAGUGGGUGCUCGAAGCGAUAAGUGGCAAUACCGACAGCGAUAGAAGCAGUCCAACCCGCAGCUCGUCCAAGAAGAGCAAAGGUACGUGA